CAUAUCAUUUUAUUAAAACAAUGACGAUGAAGCUGCUGUCAGUCCUCCUCCUCCUCCUGGUGCCUCUGCUGAGCAGCUGUGCUCCUCUCGUGCUCCCGCUGGACUGCAGCGACAUCUACAACCAAGACAGCAGCCGAGCCAGCGGCGUGUACACCAUCUAUCCCAUCGGAGCCACGUCUGCUGUCCAGGUGUACUGUGACAUGGACUCACUAAAUGGACGCUGGACAGUGUUCCAGAGGAGGACGGACGGCUCGGUGAACUUCUACAGACCCUGGAGUCAAUACAAGAUGGGCUUCGGUAACCCUGCCAGAGAGUACUGGCUCGGCCUCGAGAGGCUCUUCCACCUCACUCUGAGGAAAAGGUACGAGCUGCUGGUCGACAUGGAGGACUUCAGUGGAAACAAGGCGUUUGCUCGUUACUCCUCGUUCUCCAUCGAUCCAGAGUCCUACGGAUACAGACUGCACGUGUCUGGAUUCAUUAACGGAGGGGCAGGAGACAGUCUGAGUGCUCACAACGGACAGAAGUUCUCCACGUUUGACAAAGACCAGGACAGCUCGUCAGGGAACUGUGCCAAAUUAUAUCUGGGUGCGUUCUGGUACAACAACUGUCACCAUGCAAACCCUAACGGGGUUUAUCGUUGGGGGGCUGAUGGGACUAUCCAUGGUGUUGGUGUGGAGUGGUCCAGAUGGAAGGGUUUUGACUACUCCCUGAAGACCAUCAGCAUGAAGAUCCGUCCUGUGCAGUAAAUCUGGAGAACAAACACAGAGACAUUUAUUAAAUAUAUAACUAUAAAUCUUUUACACAUGACUUUUCAAAUUUGUACUUUGUUCAUUUGAUGCAUUAACAGCAUUAUGAUUAUGAAUUGAGUCUUUUGUAUAAAACUUAAACCAAAUAAAUCUAUAUGAAGGCUGUUCAAACUGUACUACAGCAGCAAACAUCAAUAUGAAGCAGUUACAGUAAAAAGUGAGACUGUUGCAGAUUUUUAAUGUGUGUUUUCACAGUUUAACAGUGUAAUCAAAGACUCUCUACCUGUUUAUCCAUACAUGACAUACUGUGUACAUGUUGGAUUUACUUCAUUCAACAGUGGAUAUUGGUUGCACACAGAUGUUUUUCUUUGGCAGCAACUUAAACAGUCGAGUUAAAUUAACACAAGUGAUUCAUAUCCAAUAAACCUGAGCAUUUAGUGUUGAUUAAA